AUGGCCAACCACAACGGUUUGAUCACUGAUGUGGAUCUGAGAAGUAAUGAAAACAACUUGGCUCACCGCACCCAGGAGAUUGACAGGAAGCGCCUGAUUGUGCGCAGGGGUCAGCCCUUCUCCAUCACUGUGCAGUGCUCUAAGUCUCUGCCCCCCAGACACCACCUGGAAGUGGUCCUGCACCUGGGUAAGAGAGAUGAGGUGGUGAUCAAUGCUCAGAGGGAGCGUGGGGCCGGAGACAAAUGGUGGUUUGACCAGCAGGAAGCGCAGAAUAAAAUGCUGCUGACUUUGCACAGUCCAGCGGAUGCUAUCAUUGGCCACUACCGCUUGGCUGUGUCGGUAAUGUCACCCGAUGGACGCACUUUACAGAAGACCGGCAAAAGUGACUUCCACCUGCUCUUUAACCCGUGGUGCAAAGAUGAUGUGGUGUACCUCCCUGACGAGAGUCUGCUCCGGGAGUAUAUAAUGAAUGAAGAUGGAGUCAUUUUCAUGGGCACCUGGGAUUACAUCAGUAGUAUCCACUGGAAUUAUGGACAGUUUGAGGACUAUGUGAUGGACAUCUGUUUUGAAGUCCUGGACAACUCCAAUGAUGCCCUGAGAAACUCAAAAAAGGACAUGGAGCACAGAUUUGACCCCGUCUAUAUCAGCAGGAUAAUCACUGCGAUGAUUAACUCUGCAGGGGACAGGGGUGUAUUGAAAGGUCGCUGGCAUGAGCCGUAUUCUGACGGAGUGGCACCAUACAAAUGGACCGGCAGCGUGCCAAUCCUCCAAAAGUGGAGCAAGGCCGGGGCAGUGAAAUAUGGCCAGUGCUGGGUGUUUGCUGCCGUCGCCUGCACAGUGCUGCGCUGUCUGGGAAUCCCAACACGCCUCAUCACCAACUUCUCUUCAGCCCAUGAUGUCGAUGGAAACCUCUCUAUAGACAUCCUGCUGAAUGAAAGACUGGAGAGCAUUAACGGAAGAGACAGAGAAGACAGUAACUGGAACUUCCAUUGUUGGGUUGAGUCCUGGAUGAGGAGAGUUGAUCUCCCCAAAGGAAAUGACGGCUGGCAGGUUUUGGACCCCACCCCGCAAGAACUGAGUGAUGGUGAGUUUUGCUGUGGUCCAUGUCCAGUGACAGCUGUCAAGGAAGGAAAUCUGGGAGUAAAGUAUGACGCUCCGUUUGUAUUCGCUGAGGUGAACGCUGACAUCAUCCACUGGGUCAUCCAGCGAGAUGGCCAACGGAAGAAGCUCAAAGUGGAUCAGGCGGGUGUGGGAAGGAACAUCAGCACCAAGAGUGUUUACGGGGACCAAAGAGAAGACGUCACUCUGCACUACAAAUAUCCUGAAGGCUCCAAGAAGGAGAGAGAGGUGUACGAAAAGGCAGGACGCCGGGUCACAGAGCCGGCAGGUCUAAGCGCAGAGCCAGGACAUCUGAAGCUGUCAAUCAAGCAUCCUAAGCCUGUAUUUGGGACAGACUUUGAUGUGAUUUUUGAGGUUAAGAAUGAAGGAGACAGAGAUGCUCACGCUCAGCUGACCAUGCUGGCCAUGGCUGUAACUUACAAUUCUCUCCGCAGGGGGGAGUGCCAGAGGCAAACAAUCAGUGUGACUGUACCUGCCCACGGUGUCCACAAGGAAGUGCUGCAUCUGCGCUAUGACGACUACAUCAAGUGUGUCUCCGGGAAUAGUCUGAUCAGGGUAAAAGCCUUCUUAGAGGCUCCAGGGGAGAGCGAACCCCUCUUGUCCGUGGCCAACAUCCCACUGAGCAUGCCUGAAGUCGUCAUACAGGUGCCUGGAAAGGCUGUUUUAUGGAAACCAGUGACAGCCUACAUCUCUUUCACCAAUCCUCUGUCAGUUCCUCUGAAGGGUGGUGUGUUCACUGUGGAGGGGGCCGGCCUCCUGUUGGCCACUGAGAUCCCUCUUAAACGUGAUAUAUUGCCUGGCCAUAAGGCGUCUCUCGAGCUGUCAUUCUCACCCAUGCGGGCUGGGGUGAGGAAGCUCCUGGUGGACUUCGACUCUGACAAACUUAAGGAUGUGAAAGGAGUUGCCACUGUGGUUGUCCUGUAAUCACUGAAUGUUUUGCCUUUGGGCUGACUGAAAUUGACACAUCUUGCAUUAUAAAAUAAUGUGACAUUUCCUGUGAGACGAGGAGUUGCCCUGUUUGAUUGUAACUGUGUAUGAACAAGCUGUGUCUUCCAGGACGACUGUGACCAUGUCCACAAAGACAUCACCGAACACAGUGUUA